AUGAGCUCCCUCAAAUUCCUCGUCUCCUCCUUGGAGGCCAUUGCGGCUUCCAAGGAGGCCCAGAGGAACAAGCAGCUGACCGAGUCCCUCCAAAAGACCCUCACGGCCAUCAAGGAAAGCCAUCCCAAUUUCCCCGACCCUGAAAUCGUCUUUGCUCCUCUGCAGCUCGCCACGAGGACCGGCAAUGUCCAACUCAUCACCAGCGCACUCGACUGCAUCGGCAAGCUCAUAUCCUACUCCUACUUCUCGCUGCCGACCAACCCCGACCCCCAGAGCCAAGAUGCACCACCACCCCCCGAUAGAGCUCCACUCAUUGAGCGCGCCAUCGACACCAUCUGCGAUUGCUUCCAGGGCGAGACCACCGCCGUCGAGGUCCAGCUUCAGAUCGUCAAGUCCCUCUUGGCCGCCGUCCUGAACGACAAGAUCGUCGUCCACGGCGCCGGCCUCCUCAAGGCCGUCCGCCAGGUCUACAAUGUCUUCCUGCUCUCCCGGAACACCGGAAACCAGCAAAUGGCCCAAGGAACCCUGACCCAGAUGGUCGGCACCGUUUUCGAGCGAGUCAAGACCCGCCUGCACAUGAAGGAAGCCCGCAUGAGCUUCGAUAAGUUGAAGCACAGCUCGAGCAACGUCACCUUUGAGCAGACUGACUCCGUCAAUGGCGCUGUCGAUGCUGAAGAAAAGGAACCGGAACAGGACGCAGAACAAAAGGAGGGCUCGCCGGCCCCCGCCGCUUCCGAGUCGGCCCCUACCGAGGGCGACGAAAAUGCCAACGGCAAGUUGACAUUAAAAGAUCUCGAGCACCGCAAGAGUUUCGACGACUCACAUCUUGGCGACGGGCCGACCAUGGUGACCGAGAUCAAGCCGGGGAGGAAACCAGCACGAUCCGUCUCCGAACAAUCCACACCCGAAUCUUCCCACGAUGACAGCCCCGAAGCUUUGGACGCCGAGGACGAGGUCUACAUCAAGGAUGCCUACCUGGUCUUCCGAUCCUUUUGCAACCUCUCCACAAAGGUGCUGCCGCCCGAUCAGCUCUACGACUUGCGCGGCCAGCCUAUGCGCUCCAAGCUCAUCUCUUUGCAUCUCAUCCACACCCUCCUCAACAACAACAUCGCCGUCUUCACCUCCCCGCUAUGUACCAUUACCAACUCCAAAAGCAACGAGCCCACAACUUUCCUGCAAGCCAUCAAGUUCUAUCUGUGCCUUAGCAUAACGCGCAACGGCGCCAGUUCCGUCGAUCGCGUCUUCAACGUCUGUUGUGAGAUCUUCUGGCUGAUGCUCAAGUACAUGAGAGAGUCGUUCAAGCUGGAAAUCGCCGUCUUCUUGAACGAGAUCUACCUUGCCCUCCUUGCCAGGCGCACCGCCCCAAUCUCUCAAAAGGUCUACGUGGUCAACAUCAUGAACCGCUUCUGCGCAGACUCCAAGGCUCUGGUGGAGACGUAUCUGAACUACGACUGUGAGCGUAGCGUCGACAACAUUUUUCAGACCAUCAUCGAGGACUUGUCCAAAUUCUCUACAGCCCCUGUCGUGGUGACGCCCGUGCAAGAGCAGCAGUACGAGGAAAAGAGCGUAAGGACUGUUUCGGGAGGCGACUGGCAGUUAAGGGCAAUUCUGCCCCCUCCCUUAUCCGUCGCGCACAUUACGCCACAGCCCGAGCCGGAGAGUGACAUUCCCAAGGAGUAUGUCAUGAAGCGGAUAGCCUUGGACGCUUUGGUGGACUCACUGAGGUCAAUGGUUGACUGGUCUGCCGCUGUGCGGCCAGACGCGAAUGGCGUCAGGCUGGACGGUGACACGAGAAACUCCGAGGAUAUCCGGCCGUCCAUUGACCCAAGCAUGAGUGAGAACCCGUCUCGCUUCGAAACGCCGGCACCUUCAACGCCCGUUCUCGAGGACGACCCUGCCUCUUUGGAGAAGGCCAAGGCCAGGAAGACGGCCAUGAACAACGCCAUCAAGCAGUUCAACUUUAAGCCCAAGAGAGGUAUCAAGCUCCUGUUGCAAGAAGGCUUCAUCCCCAGCGAGAGUCCUCAGGAUAUUGCAAGGUUCCUGCUUACCGAGGAUGGCCUGGACAAGGCACAGAUCGGCGAGUACUUGGGUGAAGGUGACCCUAAGAACAUCGAGAUCAUGCACGCCUUCGUCGAUGCCAUGGACUUCACGAAAAAGCGCUUCGUCGAUGCGCUACGCACGUUUCUCCAGUCUUUCCGUCUCCCUGGAGAGGCGCAAAAGAUCGAUCGUUACAUGUUGAAAUUCGCCGAACGCUACGUCAUGGGCAACCCCAACGCAUUCGCCAACGCCGAUACGGCUUACGUCUUGGCCUACUCUGUCAUCAUGCUCAACACCGACUUGCACAGCGGCAAAGUUGCGAAGCGGAUGAGCAAGGAGGAGUUCAUCAAGAACAACCGCGGUAUUAACGACAAUGCCGAUUUGCCUGAAGAAUACUUGCUGGCUAUCUACGACGAGAUCGACAGCAACGAGAUCGUUCUGAAGAGUGAACGAGAAGCCGCCGCAGCUGCAGGUGUCGCCCCGCCAACGUCGACGGGAAUCGCAGCAGGCCUGGGACAGGCCUUAUCCAAUAUGGGUCGCGAUCUUCAACGAGAGGCCUAUCUUCAGCAGUCCGAGGAGAUCGCCUUGCGCUCCGAGCAGCUCUUCAAGACGCUGUACAAGAACCAAAGGAAAAACGCACAACGAUCUGGCGUCAGGUUCGUCCCGGCCACGUCCUUCCAGCACAUUGGCCCCAUGUUCGACGUCACAUGGAUGUCGUACUUUUCCGCGUUGUCAAGCCAGAUGCAAAAGACCCAGAAUCUCGAUAUCAACAAGCUGUGCCUGGAGGGCAUGAAGCUAGCGACCAAGAUCGCCUGCGUCUUUGACCUAUCGACUGCCCGAGAAGCCUUUGUUUCCGCGCUGAAGAACACGACAAACCUGAACAACCCCCAGGAGAUGUUGGCAAAGAACGUGGAGGCGCUUAAGGUCAUUCUUGAACUGGGCCAGACCGAGGGCAAUGUCCUAAGAUCGUCGUGGAAGGAUGUCAUCAUGUGCAUCAGCCAACUCGACCGGCUGCAGCUGAUCACCGGCGGCGUGGACGAGAGCGUUGUUCCCGACGUGUCUAAAGCACGCUUCAUGCCUCCACAGCGGGAGAACACAAACGACUCCAAAUCGUCGACACAGUCGAAGAGGAAGAGCAACCGGCCGAGGUCUGGAACGGCGCCACAAGGAUUCUCCAACGAGAUCGCUUUGGAGAGCCGCUCCGAUGAGGUGAUCAAGGCCGUUGACAGGAUCUUCACCAACUCGGGCAACCUCAACGGAGAGGCCAUCGUCCACUUUGCCCGGGCUCUGACCGAAGUCAGCUGGGACGAGAUCAAGGUUUCCGGGUCCAACGACUCGCCACGGACGUACAGCCUACAGAAGAUUGUAGAGAUUGCCUACUACAACAUGACGCGCGUGCGUUUCGAGUGGAGCAACAUCUGGGAGGUAUUCGGCGACCACUUCAACCGGGUGGGUUGCCACAACAAUAUCACAAUCGUCUUCUUUGCCUUGGACUCGCUCCGGCAGUUGUCGAUGCGGUUCAUGGAGUUUGAGGAGCUGGCUGGUUUCAAAUUCCAAAAGGACUUCUUGAAACCCUUCGAACACGUGUUGGCAAACUCCCAAAAUAUUGCUGUCAAGGACAUGGUCCUGCGCUGCUUGAUUCAGAUGAUCCAAGCGAGAGGCGACAACAUUCGCUCGGGCUGGAGGACAAUGUUUGGCGUCUUUACCGUGGCCGCCCGCGAGUCAAACGAAAGCAUUGUCAACCUCGCCUUCGAGAACGUGACACAGGUUUACAAGACCAAGUUUGGCGUCGUCAUCUCGCAAGGCGCCUUCACGGACCUCAUCGUCUGUCUGACCGAGUUUUCCAAGAACAUGAAGUUCCAGAAAAAGAGCCUGCAGGCCCUUGAGAGUCUGAAGUCCAUCAUACCCCGGAUGCUCAAGACACCCGAGUGCCCUCUCUCGCAGAAGAACCAGAGCGCGUCUGGAGAGCCCGCUGCCUCGGCCGCAGACACGCUGCAAAGAUCGCAGAACCGGACCACGGUGGAAGAGGGAUACUGGUUCCCAGUUCUGUUUGCGUUCCACGAUGUUCUGAUGACGGGCGAGGACCUUGAGGUGCGUUCUAAUGCACUCGAGUACUUCUUUGAGGCUCUCCUGAGAUACGGUGGGGAGUUCCCGCCCGACUUUUGGGACAUUCUGUGGCGCCAACAGCUGUAUCCCAUCUUCAUGGUCUUGCGAUCCAGGCCUGACUUGAACAACGCGCUCAAUCACGAGGAGCUGUCUGUUUGGCUAUCCACCACCAUGAUCCAGGCACUGCGGAACAUGAUUACCUUGUUCACGCACUACUUUGACGCACUGGAGUACAUGCUGGACCGUUUCUUGGAGCUGCUGGCCCUCUGCAUCUGUCAGGAAAACGACACCAUCUCUAGGAUCGGCAGCAACUGCCUACAGCAACUCAUCCUGAAGAACGUCACAAAGUUCACGCCGGACCACUGGUCCAAGAUUGUGGGAGCUUUCUGCGAGCUGUUUGCACGCACAACAGCCCACCAGCUCUUCUCCGCCACCACGAUCAACUCGACGGCCUCCAUCGACAUGCCGCCGAACGGAUUGGAUUUUGCCGCCCCACUGAGUCCUACAGAGACGCCCGCUGAAGGAGAGUCGCUGAAGGUCAACGGAUUGGGAAAGAACGGCGUCAACACCGACACCAGCUCGACCGAUGCCCACGUCAGCGCUAUCAACGACGACGACCUGAAGACCCCGACAGCGCCAAAUGCUCCCCGGCUCCAAGCCCAGUCUCCAGCGCCGUUGGAGGAGUUCAAGCCGGCAUCGAACCUGCAGCAGCAGCCGGUCGUCGUCACAGCUGCCCGCCGCCGUUACUUCAACCGUAUCAUUUCGCGAUGUGUUCUGCAGCUGCUCAUGAUCGAGACGGUCAACGAGCUGUUCAGCAACGAUACUGUGUACAACCAGAUCCCAACGACCGAGCUUCUCCGUCUCAUGGCGCUGCUCAAGAGGUCGUACCUCUUUGCCAGGAAGUUCAACGCCGACAAGGAGCUGCGCAUGCGUCUCUGGCGCGAGGGGUUCAUGAAGCAAGCCCCCAAUCUGCUGAAGCAGGAGAGCGGGGCGGCCGCUACGUACGUUGCCAUCCUCUUCCGCAUGUACGCCGACGACAGCCACGAGCGCACGGCUGCGCGCGACGCCAUCGAGCAGGCGCUGGUGCCGCUGUGCAAGAGCAUCAUCAAGGACUUUGUCGCCCUCGAGGAGGACAGCCAGCACCGCAAUAUCGUCGCCUGGCGGCCGGUGGUGGUCGACGUCCUCGAGGGGUACGCCGCGUUCCCCGUGGAGGCGUUCCAGAAGCAUAUCAAGGAGUUCUACGUCAUGGCCGUCGAGCUGCUCGGCAAAGACGUCACGUCGGAGCUCAGGGUGGCGCUCUUGCUGGUCCUCAGGCGCGUCGGCGAGGUCGGUCUCGGCAUCGAGGGCAUGACCACUAAUGUGCGGGUGGACCGGAGGGACAGCAUCCUCAGCAGCGUGACGGAUAACACGGCGGUAGACGGACCCGAGGGCGACGCCUCGAGCAGAAUGCGGCGCUGA